AUGGAUUCGCCGGAGGACACGAUGAAAGUGAACACGUAUGUAAGUGUAUCAGUUCCUCCUGAAAAUCCGGGUUUUUUGAGCAACCUAAAACGAUGUGGGAUAAAAUGUCUGAAAGGCUCAAAAGAAAACUUUAUUCUCGUUUUACUCUUGUUUUCCGUCUUAUCCGGUGUUGGAAUGGGAUUUUUGGUUCGUUCUGUGUCCCCAACGUUCUCAAAGCGACAGAUCAUGUACCUUAUGUUCCCGGGAGAGAUACUGAUGAGGAUGUUGACAAUGUUGAUCUUGCCUCUGAUCGUAUCUAGCCUGAUAGCGGGUAUCGCGGGCCUGGAUGCGAAAACGUGCGGAAGGAUGGGCCUCAGGACUAUUGCCUACUUUGCCACAACCACAGUCAUUGCAGUUAUUCAAGGCAUUAUCAUGGCGACCUCUAUACGUCCCGGGCGAGGGGCCGAUAGAUCCAAGAUAAAAAGAUACGGAUCUGCGGCAAAGGUCAACUCUGUUGACACGUUUUUGGAUCUCAUCAGAAAUCUUUUCCCAGACAAUCUCAUCGAAGCCUGUUACAGCGCAUACCGCACUCGGGAAGUGAAGGAGGAGAUCAUAUACGACGACCCCGUGGCCAACAACGUCACCAACACAUCGUCCGUCGGCUACGUCAUCUACAGCGCCGUCGUCAACAUAUCGUCUAGUCUGGAAAAUGCCACAAAUAUAACACGAAACCUAUUUGCAGGACCUACGUUCGAAAUGGUUCCAACGGAGAGUGGGACGAACAAAACAAACGUUCUCGGUCUGGUGAUGUUCUCAGUCCUGUUCGGGGUCAUGCUCGGUCGUCUCGGGAGUCGAGGCAAGCCCGUCCUGGACUUCUGCAACGCCAUAGUGGAAGUGACCAUGAAACUCUUUGUUAUCUUUAUAUGGUACUCGCCGGUCGGCAUCGCGUUCCUGAUAGCGGCUAAGAUCGUGGAGAUGGAGGACUUCGCGGUGCUGCUGGGCCAGGUGGGUCUCUACUUCAUCACCGUGCUGUGCGGACUCUUCGUGCACGGAUCGCUUGUGCUGCCUGGCUUGUACUUCCUGUGUACGCGCAAAAAUCCCUACAAGUUCAUCUACGGCAUUCUUCAAGCUAUGGCCACGGCGUUUGGGACGUCAUCGAGCUCUGCGACGAUGCCCGUGACGCUGCACUGCCUGGAGCACAACAACCACGUGGACCCGAGGGUGAGCAGCUUCGUGAUACCGGUGGGCGCCACCAUCAACAUGGACGGCACCGCGCUCUACGAGGCGGUGGCGGCGCUCUUCAUAGCGCAGGUCAACAACAUGGUCAUGGACUUCGGCCAGAUCGUCACCAUCAGUAUCACGGCAACAGCAGCAUCAAUAGGCGCGGCCGGGGUUCCACAGGCUGGUUUGGUUACCAUGGUGAUCGUCCUGUCAGCGGUUGGUCUCCCAGUCGAUGACAUCACACUUAUUCUCGUCGUUGAUUGGUUCUUAGAUCGAUUCCGUACCAUGACCAACGUGAUGGGCGACAGUCUUGGAGCAGGAAUCGUCUACGAACUCUCCAAACACGAGUUACCUCCACUUGAGCACGAAAUGUUUGACCCGGGUCCGGAAAAGGUACCGAACAGUCACGAAGGCAACGACAUGACGGCCGUGUAAGAUGACAACCAGACGGGAAGAUGUCAAACAUUAUGCAACACCAAUACAAACACUAUUGGUAGAGUGUAUGUCAGGCCAUUUGACAAGGGUUACUUCCCCUCUCUGCUCCUAUAGAGGUCAUGUAGUCGAGAUUCCCAAUAACGUCAGAAACUAUUGUAGUAUUUGCGGUUUUGUGUGGAAGGUUUGGUUUUAGUUUUAGGAUUUGUUUUUUAAAGCAUGAGGUAUAUUAUACUGAGGAUAGCCGUCAAGUUAUGAAGAACGUUUUAAAUAAAGAAUGGACGAAGUAAGCUGGGCUGGUUGAUGUGGUGGUUGGGUCGAUGUGGGUACAUUUCCCACAUUUUAAAAUGUAACUUAAAUAUAUACAGGUGUAUAUUCGUUUGCAUGCCCCUUCCACCACCAUGGCAAACUGUUGUAGGGAGGUGGUGAAAGCCACAGGUCGGGUGGAGGUUGAAGGUUAAUAUCGUAAUGACAUAAAUAUAUAUAAUAUGCUGUAUCGAAAUUACAGAGGUAUGAAUCUUUCUUUACAUUACAGAUUUUAGCUAAGAGAUGUAAACAAUGUAGGCUUUCACUAUAUGCAUUUUAAGUAAUAUGUUUAUGGUUUUUAAAUAUUGAAUGGAGUGUGCAAAUGUACAUGCACUUAAAUUUAAGUUUUUGUAAAACAAAUUGUAUUGACUGAUACACACUGUUUUCAUAAUUCUUCAUUCUGUCCAAAAUGUAUUUUGUUGAAGACGUAACGCCAUCUGAAACUUUGCAUAUAGUGGUUUUGACGACAGACGGAAUUAUGUCUUUUGAAUAAAUAAGAUAGGCACGUCCUUAAACCUCGCUCGCACUCGUAGAUACAUACUUGUCGUAAUUAGUGUCUUUUCCGACCUCUAUGAUUCAGUGGUUAGUAACCAUUAACACACUGCUAAAUAAUUAUUUGUGUGUAUACUUUGCACGAAACUGAUAUUGAUACUUUUUAGUAGAAUAGAUAGAAUAGUGUGUAUUGGUAGUACACUUUAAAUGAUAAUUAA